AUGAAGUCACAAGCUAUCAAGCUCCUGGCACUUGUCAGUUUUCAACCGCUGGUCACAGCGCAUCCCCACUCUUCACCAAUCAAGCCAAGGAUUGUCGUCUCACGUCAAUUCGAUGUUGGCAAUGUCUACGCAAACUGGCCCUCUUAUGAUCAAUUACCGCUUGAUGCCUCCUACCCGACGAAAGCCGCUUGGGGAGUAUGGGGAGCGGAUGAUGUCCAAGGGGCAUUGAAUCACAUCACCAAUGCAACUAUCCUUGCCGCUGGAGAUGAGAUCAAACUCGGGAGAGCAAUCAAUCUGAACAUGGACCUCAACGCUUUCGUUACACCAAUUAACCCGAAUCGCAAACCGCUCAAUCAUGUUUUCCAACCGGGUUCGGGGUAUACGGAUGAUGUUGUGGUGUUGAAUACCCAGGUUAGCACUCAGUAUGAUGGACUUCGCCAUUUUAAGUCAUCGCUGUGUAUCUCAAUGGACAAUUUCUCACCCACGUGCGUACAGAACUUCGAUCAAGUUGUAGGGCCCUCACCAACAGAAGUACUCGGAAUCCAACAAGCAGCCCAAAAGGGCAUUGCAGGCCGUGGCGUUCUCCUUGACUUCGCAGGCUGGGCUGAGGUCAAGAAUAUCUCCUACUCCGCUUUCGCCGUGCGUCCCUCCCCUCUCCCUGCCCUCAACUCAACUAACCAUCUCCAGGGCUUCGGCAUAAACAGCACGCACCUCGACGCCAUAGCCUCCUGGCAAGGCCUCCCCCAAAACUGGUCAAAGCCAGGCGACAUUCUCCUCGUCCGCACAGGCUGGACUAAGCAAUACCUGAACCUCACCUCCUACUCGCAAGAAAUCCUGCCCUGGGACCCAAACCUCGGAUCCGUCGGGAUGAAUUGCAGUGAUGAUUUGCUGGCUUGGCUUUGGGAGAAGAAGCUCGCGCUUGUGGGUGCGGACAAUCCUGCUUUUGAGAGCUUGCCCUUUGAUAAGACGAUUGGAGGCGUGCCGAGGAGCAUGCAUCAGGUUUUUAUUGGAGGUUGGGGCCAAAGUAUUGUCGAGUUUCUGGACCUCGAGACACUGGCUGAGGAGCUGCAUGCUCUGAAUCGAUCAACGUUCUUUCUGACGAUUCAGAAUCUGAACAUCAAGUCGGGUAUUGCCAGCCCGCCGAAUGCUUUGGCGAUAUUAUAG